CGGCGCAUGCCGCCUUCCCUAUCCCGUCGGGAAUUUGACGGUUACCGAGUGGCUGGAUUGACUGGCUGGUUGAAGUUGGCGGUGGCGGGGGGAUGGCAUCGGAGCCGGUGGCGCGGGCGGUGGCGGAGGAGGUGGCGAGGUGGGGGAGCAUGAAGCAGACGGGGGUGAGCCUGCGGUACAUGAUGGAGUUCGGGUCGCGCCCCACGGAGCGCAACCUGCUCCUCUCCUCGCAGUUCCUGCACAAGGAGCUCCCCAUCCGCAUCGCGCGCCGCGCGCUCGAGCUCGAGUCACUCCCCUUCGGCCUCUCCAGCAAACCCGCAAUCCUCAAGGUGAGGGAUUGGUACUUGGACUCGUUCCGCGACAUAAGAUACUUCCCUGAAGUGAGGAGUCGGAACGACGAGCUUGCUUUCACGCAGAUGAUCAAAAUGAUCAAGGUGAGGCACAAUAAUGUAGUUCCGACAAUGGCUCUGGGAGUGCAACAGCUGAAGAAGGAACUGUGCCACACAAGGAAGGUACACGUAGGAUUCGAUGAGAUCCACCAGUUCCUUGAUCGGUUUUACAUGUCAAGGAUUGGCAUCCGCAUGCUCAUAGGGCAGCAUGUGGCUUUGCAUGAUCCUGACCCAGAGCCUGGCGUCAUAGGACUCAUUAAUACAAGAUUGUCCCCCGUACAGGUGGCUCAAGCUGCUAGUGAGGAUGCCCGUUCUAUUUGUUUGAGGGAAUAUGGAUCAGCUCCUGAUAUCAACAUUUAUGGUGAUCCAAAUUUUACAUUUCCAUAUGUUGCAUCACACCUCCAUCUCAUGUUAUUUGAAUUGGUGAAGAACUCCCUUCGUGCAGUACAGGAACGAUAUAUGAAUUCUGAUAAAGAUGUUCCUCCAGUUAGAAUUAUAGUUGCUGAUGGAGAAGAGGAUGUUACUAUCAAGGUUAGUGAUGAAGGUGGUGGGAUAGCAAGAAGUGGUCUCCCAAGAAUUUUCACAUAUUUGUAUAGCACUGCAAAGAAUCCACCAGAGAUAGAUGGACCUAGUGAAGGAGUAACUAUGGCCGGAUAUGGUUUUGGGCUCCCAAUUAGUCGCCUUUAUGCUCGAUAUUUCGGUGGUGACUUGCAAAUCACCUCUAUGGAAGGAUACGGUACUGAUGCUUACCUCCACUUGUCACGGCUGGGAGAUUCAGAGGAGCCAUUGCCUUGAUGUCUUCCCUGUUCCGAUGCCAUUCCCUUCCUGUAAUUAGGCUGCUCUUCCUUCUUGUAAUCCCUGGGCUGGUUCGCGAAUAUUGCGUAAGAGCCAGCCCCGUAUAGUUGUUACUAUCUUCUAGCUACCAGGGUUUCAUCUUUCAGCAAUUCUGCCCUGCUGCAGUGUGAGCACAAGCACUCUGGCCUACUUCUUUUGUCUACUAGCCCUCUUCCUCCCAGAAUUUGGCAUUAUAAAUGAGUGCUUGGAGCUCCAUUGCUACGUGCAAACUUUUUUUUUCAGAUUCUACUGGGGCAGAUUCCGUACCCGCCAUCCAACUCAGGAUCCCGUGAUGAACAAACGCUGAAGACAGGGAUGUCUCGACCAAUCUUAGUACUCUGCACUGUAUUAUCGGUCUUGUGCUAAGGAGUAAGCUUUAGCGUCCCAGAGAGACAGUGCAGUUUGAGACACUGCUGGAUUUUAGCAGGAGCAGGUUUGGUUGCUGAGAAAACCUUUACACAGCGCGAAGAUUGAACUCCAAUAGUGCCUGUUAAAGAACAUUAAAGCUUGAAAUUGAGCUCGAUCUGCCGGCUUUCUGAAAAAUAAUAUAAUCCCUCUGCCUCCCAAAAAUUAGCAUCACAAAUGGGUGCUUGGAGUUGGAGCUAUAUCGAUGAUCACAAAGUGCAGUUUACUCUCGGUAGCAGCUGAUUUCAUCAACUGCAUGCCUUGUGCCUAGUUGCACAUAGCCUGCAGUUCUGCACUCUGCAGUCUUCAAAUUCUAGUGGAGCCCCAGCCCAAGAACCCCUGAUGAAGAAGGAAUGCUGGAAUGGAGACAGGGAUGCCUCAACCAACUUCAGUACCAUUCACUUCAACAGAUUAAGCUCUCUCUGCAGCACUGUGCUAUCAGUCUUGUGCCUGUAGGAAUAAUGUUCAGUUUCCCAGAGAGAAAAAUACAGCGUCACUGCCUGGAUUUUAGCAGCCCGUUGGGUUGCUGAGGGGAAAA